CAAAGGGUGUAACCUCAUCAUCAUCAACAUCAUCUUUUGAUCGUUUUCAUCGCAAGGAUGGCGGGCGAUCUACCGAAAGGUUGGGAGAAACGGAUCAGCCGCUCUACGGGUGAGGCGUACUACCUGAACACCCUCACCAAGGAGAGCCAGUGGGAGCCACCCAAGGAGCCCGCGUCCAUGGCCACACCGACCAAGGACCAGGUGUGGUGCUCGCACCUCCUGGUCAAGCACUGUGACUCGCGGCGGCCGUCUUCCUGGCGCGAGGAAAACAUCACCCGGACCAAAGACGAGGCGCUCGCCCUCAUCAAGGGAUACCGGGAGCAGAUUGUUUCCGGAAAGGCGACCUUUGAGGAGCUGGCCAGCCAGCUGAGCGACUGCAGUUCGGCCAAGCGCAAGGGCGACCUGGGCACAUUUGGCCGCGGCGCCAUGCAGAAGCCCUUCGAGGACGCCGCCUUUGCUCUCAGCGUUGGAGAGCUGUCGGAGCCAGUGUUCACAGAGUCCGGCGUGCACCUCAUUUUGCGCACAGCCUAGAGGAUACCAGCAAGGUGACGUGCUGCGGACUCUUCGAAGGCAUGUUAUGUACGACGUGUAUUAAAACAACCAUAACGGAAAAAAAAAAAAAUGAUUCCGAAUUCAAACUGGCGAAGAAUAAAGCACGCUUGUAAGGAGCAUCUCUGGUUGAAAGGAACAAUA